AUGACGAACGUGGUGGGGCUACCUGCGGGGGCCCCGGCGCUUGUCUACAAGCUCCCUCAACGGGACCUGCUUGACUUGGUGGCGACAAAUGAUGUCGCCUCUUUGCUGAUUCUCGUUCGCGGCGACAACCCCUUCGACAUGAGCCCUGGCAUGGAGCUCAUCCGAUACAAGAUGCGUGCGAAGCGCUUCGCUGCAACGGUGUACACCGAGAACGCAGGCGUGAUGGCAAAUGCGGUUCCACACGUUGAGCCGCCGCAGAUCAAGUACAUACGCGAUGCGAGCGGCAACAGUGCCGUUCACGUGGCCGCUGGCCUCGGUUUCUCUAGCAUGAUAGAGAUUUUGGUCAAUGAGUGCGGGUGUGCCGUGGAGGAGUACAAUACUAGUGGCCUCACACCGUUGCACUUGGCAGCGUUUCACGGUCACGCUGAUUGUGUUCACCUGCUUCGCGACCUAGGCGCCGAUGUUCUGAACCCCACUCGCUGGAACCCAGCCUCCACACCCGACUGCCAUCGCGGCUUCUGCGGGCGUACCACGCUGUUUCUAGCCCACUGCGCGCAGCAAGCGACUGUUGUAGAGCUUCUUAUUCCUCUCUACCGUGAGUUUAUCGACACCGCGUUUCGUGGCCAGACGUCGGCUGAGGUGUGGAAGGCCGCUGCGAGUGGGCAUGAGGCGAAGUCUCUGUCGCUGCUUCUGGACGCUUUAGAGUGCCGCACCACGGCGAGUGGUGCUCUUCCGAUUUCCAUCGACUUCGACAUGGAGGAUGCGCUGCGGGAGGCACUUCCGGCAGUGCUGGAGACGAUUCUGCCCUCUACUCGCUCGCCGACUCCCCUGCAACUAUUCUUGUUUCAGCGUCUUGUCCAGCUUGGCUACGUGACAGAGACCACCGUCGUAGGGUCUGCGGACACAGUAGUGAUGCGUGUUCUGAACACGGCGCAAGUACAAGCAUGGCGUGUGCUGGUAGAUCAGGGGCUGGUACAGCCUCACAAGUGCAGUCUCGAUGCGGUGCAUAGCAGCGGGCACGGUGGUCGAAGCGAGGUGGAGCUCCGCGCCCUGAUUGAGGAAGCCAAGGCAUACUUCAGCUACGACGUCGCGAAGAAGUCCUAUACGGAGAAAGGGGACAGCGACGGGCGGCGGAAUACCGUGCUGAAUCGCCGUAGUGUGUGGAAGAAGUUAGAAAACCAUCUCAAGCAGCUUUCACUGUCCCCUGCUCGUUGCCCGCAGUCGUAG